AUGUCGGCAGCUGCCAUCCCUCCCAAUGUCAAUCGCAGCCCUGGUCUUAUCACCAGUCUAUGGGUUCCAUGGCCCUUCGCUACACUGCUUCUGAUAGCGCGGUUCUGGAGCCGAAUCGCAAGGCGAGACCUGGGUCUAGAUGACUGGUUCAUGCUCGUGUGCUGGGUCCUCUACACAACAGCCAUCUCACUGAGCACACUAAUGGUCAGCCAUGGCAGUAUCCGACACAUCGAGUAUCUGUCGUCGAGCGAGCUCACGUACGUCCUGAAGCUGCAAACCAUCAACGAGCCGAUCGGCAUGUUUGCCCUGAUCUUCGGGAAAAGCAGCGUAGCGCUGUUCAUCAAGCGCAUCUUCUCGGGGACCAAGAAGUGGCGUCGUUGGUUCCUGGACAUCAACGUCGUGCUGUACUUCCUCGUCAGUCUGGCUGUCCUGGGUAUCAUGUUCGGGCAAUGCACAUCGCCCGCUGCGCUAUGGGAGCCUGAGCUCGAGAUUAGCGGGAAGGUCAAGUGUAUCAAUUCCACAUUCGUCCUGGCCAUGUAUAUGCUUCAGGGUGCAUGGGGCGCCUACCUCGAUUUCGCCCUCGCUUUCCUCCCUCUCACGUUCCUCCUCGAACUAAAAAUCAACAUGCAAAAGCGAAUUGCUCUAUGCAUCCUCCUCGGCCUGGGUGUUAUCGCCGGCGUCUGCGCCUCUAUCAAAACCUGGGCGUUCACUAAAGCCGAAAGCACCACGGACGUGACCUGGAACGGCUACGCCCUCUACCUGUGGACAGCCCUUGAACUCGCGUUCCUCGUCAUUGCGGGCUGCAUUCCGCCGUCCAAGACUAUCUGGGAUUAUUUUCGUGAAGGCAAGCCCAUCCGUCUGACCCAGGCUUCAGCGAGCUAUAAGCUGUCGAAUCAGUCGUAUGAUGAUAAAGCGUCCCGGGGGGUGGGGAGCCAUGUUGCGUCGGUGGAGCGAAGGGGCGAUCUGGAUGAUGAGGAGUUGUUGUGUUUGUAUAGUGUUUGA